GGAAAUCCUGCUGUAAUCUUACUGACGUUGUUUAUUUUCCAUCCAGCAAGGCCAGAUCUCACUUUUAUCAGUUUUUUGAUGACACGUAACAUCGGGCAUCCAGUGUGAGGUUCAUCCCAGGAUUCUUUAACCGUGUCGAUGCAGCUCUCCUUCUUACCCCAAAAGUUGUAGUACCAGAACUGGCCUUUGUUUGGGCUGGAAGUCUGCUGACUAGAACAAAAGACGUCCAAGAUAAGGGCACUAUGAUCAGAGAUCCCUCUGCCCAGCACUCUGAGAUCAGAUCCUCCCGUCCAAGAGGCUGACCAGUGCUUGUUCACACAGCACCAAUCUAGUCGACGCUGAAUUCGGGCAUCUCCAUCCCUAUUAUUAGAUCAACCAAGGUAAGAAGGUUGUUAUCCCAGAUAGAUUUAUUUAAAGUCUUUACAUGAAACUGUAUUAGGAGGGCCGCCAGUUUUGUCCUCUUUGUUGCGCAACGAAUUGAAAUCCCCCAUCACAAGGCCUGCUAAGUCGUAGCUCGCUACAAUCUGGUGCAGAUCCUGAAAUUGAAAGUGUCGCUCCCGCCAACCCGUGCGAAGAAGUGAGAUGCUUGGGUGGGCGACAAAGAUUGAUGGGGCAUCUUUCCAUGCCCCCUCCCUUACGGCGAUUUGGUCCACUGAUUCGGGAUCAGCAAACGCGCUUGCCGUAUGUAAGUGGGCAUGAGGUAAGUGGCGUAACAUCAGGAAGGACGUUCAAGAUCUUUGUGGGAUAGAAACAAACUUGAAAAAAAGGAGGGAGCAAAUAUGUUUUCACAUUUGCAAGAAGCUAUAAAUAUCCGCUUGAACGUGUAAUUAACAAGCGAGAAAGAAGAACCAAAGAAAUGGCUGAGCUAAGUACUGAUUUGAUUUUGUGGCUCUGUAUUCUCCUGCCAUCCCUCUAUCUUUUCAAUCUGAUUAUUUUCCGGAAAACCAGCAAGCUCCCACCGGGUCCCGUGGGUUUUCCGGUUGUCGGGUCUCUCUUGGAACUCGGCCGCAUGGCCCAUGAGUCGCUCGCUAGACUCUCCCAGCUGCAUGGUCCGCUCAUGGCGCUGCAGCUAGGUUUUAUCACCACCGUGGUGGUCUCGUCGGCUGAGAUGGCCGAACAGGUUCUCCAUAAGCACGACCAGGCAUUUGCGGGCCGAUCCGUCAGAGACGUUGUCACCGUGUUUGACUACCACCACCACUCGCUGGUGUUUAGUCAGCAUGGGACAAGAUGGAGAGAGCUGAGAAGGAUAUGCAACAUGGAGCUGUUCACGCCCAAGAGACUGGAUAUGUUAGCAGGCGCGCGGCAAGAAAAGGUUCAUGCCCUUCUCCGGCAUGUUCACAAGGCCUGUGCGGCCGGACGUCCGGUCGAUGUCGGCUUGUGUGCGUUUGGAACUACCCUGAACUUGGUGGCCAACACCAUCUUUUCGAAGGACGUGGUGGAUCUCGAGUCGGAGUCGGCGGGAGGGUUCAAGAACUUGUUGUGGGAGAUUUUAGACCUCAACGCAAAGCCAAACCUUUCCGACUUAUUCCCGGCGCUCAGGUGGGCCGAUCCUCAAGGUAUGCGGCGUCGAAAUGCAACGCUUAUAAAGCGGUUGUACGAUGCGUUUGACCAAGUGAUCGACAAGCGCAUGGAGUCGGAUGCUCCUGCACAUGGAGGGGAGAAGAAGAAGUAUGGUGAUUUCUUGGAAGUGCUUCUGGCACUCACCAGGGAGCCAAGCUCAGGGUUCACCAGGGAGAAUAUCAGGCCUCUGUUAACAGUGAGCUCCCUUUUAUUCAACCCAAUUCUUCUUUAUUCUUUGUUUCAGGACUUGUUCAUUGCUGGAAGUGACACAACUUCUACCACCAUAGAAUGGGCCAUGACUGAACUGCUUCGACACCCAGACAAGAUGUCCACAGCGCAGCUUGAGUUGAAACGAACCAUCGGCACAGAACGUCUUGUGAAGGAGUCUGAUAUCCAGCACCUCCCUUACUUACAAGCACUGGUGAAGGAGACCCUGCGGUUGCACCCGCCGGUUCCUCUUCUCAUCCCACAUAGAGCAGAUGUAACUACAGAGGUAGCUGGCUUCACCGUCCCAAAGAACACUCAAGUUCUUGUCAAUGCAUGGGCCAUCGGCCGUGAUCCAGCCAGCUGGGAAAAUGCAACAUCCUUCUUACCAGAGAGAUUUCUAAACUCUGAUGUGAAUUUCAAAGGAAAGGACUUUCAUUUCAUCCCUUUUGGCGCCGGAAGGAGGAUAUGCCCCGGCAUGCCUUUAGGGGUCCGCAUGGCUCAUCUGGUGUUGGCUUCUCUCCUCCAUUCAUUUUCAUGGACUCUCCCUGAUGGGAUGGUCCCCGAGCAACUGGAUGUGAAAGCCAAGUUUGGCAUAACCCUGCAGAAAGCUAUACCUCUCAAAGCGUUCCCUUCUCCACGGUCGAUUGAUGGCCUGGAAUAAGACUUUAUGGAAACUUUGUUCUGGAAAAACAAUUCUAAGUUUAAAAUGGGGACGAAAAAACUUUUAUGGCGAACAACUUUUUGGCUAUUUGAUGGGGUGGAAAAUUAUUCUAGAUUUUCUUUGGUGUUUCAUGGAAUAUGAAGAUCAAAAUGGUGGAAGAAAGACAUUUGUAGUUCAUACUAGUUUUUGUAGCAUAAUCUCAUUGUAAAGAGUCAUCACCGACUCUCUUCCUAGGAAGAGUCGAGAGACUCAUGAGGUUGUCAGCCUCCUUUUUAAGAAACGGUGCUUAAAUGUAAUGAUUAAAGGUCACACAAAAAAAAUAGAAUUUGGUGGACUCUUCCACCACCGACUUGUCCUCCCUAUAAAUAAUUUAUAGGAGUGCUGGCCAUUUUGUAAAGCAUCAAAAUGAAAUCUAGUAAGUUGAGUGAUGUUGUGUGCUCACUUAUGAGCUAUGUUAAGUGUGUACUCAGGUGCA